UCCUCCAUUUCACUUUCUUGGUAUCUUCUAUCAAACAUAGACACACUUCCAUUCCGCCCUUUUUCCUUCGUCCGCCAUUCCUUUCCUCCAUUCUUACUCCUCAUGCUCCGUCCAAAUACUAUAUAAUAUCCUCUCUCUCUACACACACACACAUAUAUAUAUUUAUAUCAUCACCCUACCAACUCAGUUGUUUCCUUUGACUUUUCUAUCUUCUUCUUCUUCUUUGUACAACCUUUACGAUCUCUUUCAUUUAUUGAUCAGAAAAUUUUAGACCAGAAACAGAACAACAAGUUAGGGUUUUGAAUAUUUCUUUCUUGGUGUGCACAUAGAGGGCCAGAAAUGGAGACAUCGAGUGGUUCCAAUCCAGAUACACCCACAAACCCUUCUUCUACAGAUACCAGUACUAGUCUCAGUAGCAAUUCAAGAAGCCAUCGCUUUGAAUUCCCUGGUCUCAGCUUCUUGCGCUCGCCGGUAUCCACCAUGUUGGAAUAUUCCGGCAUUCUCCGGCCAAGACCCAGCAAUGAAGAAUCGGAAAUUCUCACAAUCCAUGACGAAAGCCACCACUUUCACCGUCAUUUGCAAGAUUUGAGCUCCGCCGGCAGCAGUGGCAGUAACGGGGAGGUUUCAAUUAGGAUAAUCGGAGCUGAACAGGACCAUGUGACAUAUGAUGAGAGUGACGAGAGUGUAGGGCAAAUUGAGAGGGUGGUGGGUUUGUCAGGGUCGAACCGUCCGGUGGAGGACGGUGUUGGGGAUGGAGGUGAAGUUGGGGUUGGAGAGAGGGCGUCUCCACCGGAGGCGGCUGAUUCGGGUAAUGGGGAUGUUGGGAAUGGUGGUAAUACGGAUUCGUCAUACCAGAGGUACGAUAUACAACAGGUUGCUCGGUGGAUGGAGCAGAUUCUUCCGUUUUCGUUGCUCUUGUUGGUUGUGUUCAUUCGUCAGCACUUGCAAGGUUGCUUUGUUACUAUCUGGAUCACUGCAGUCAUGUUUAAGUCAAAUGAUUUUCUUCGAAAGCAGACUGCUCUAAAGGGGGAGAGAAAAAUAUCUGUUCUACUUGGCAUCUCCUUAAUUUUUGUGCUUCAUGUGAUUGGUGUUUACUGGUGGUAUCGGAAUGAUGAUCUUUUAUACCCAAUAUUCAUGGUUCCUCCAAAGGCAAUACCACCAUUCUGGCAUGCCAUAUUCAUCAUUACGGUAAAUGAUAUAAUGGUGCGACAGGCAGCUAUGUCUUUGAAGUGUGUGCUGCUAAUGUAUUAUAAGAAUGGCAGGGGCCAUAAUUUCCGUCGGCAGGGUCAAUUGCUAACUCUGAUCGAAUAUACACUGCUGUUAUACCGUUCUUUGUUACCGACACCUGUCUGGUAUCGAUUCUUUUUGAACAAAGAUUAUGGAAGCCUCUUUUCAUCACUGACUACAGGGUUGUACCUAACUUUCAAGCUUACAACAGUUGUUGAGAAGGUACAAUCCUUCUUUACUGCCGUGAAGGCAUUGUCGCGAAAAGAAGUCCAUUAUGGGUCUUAUGCCACAUCGGAACAGGUAAAUGCAGCUGGAGACCUGUGUGCUAUUUGCCAGGAGAAGAUGCAUGCUCCAAUUUUAUUGCGCUGUAAGCACAUCUUCUGUGAAGAAUGUGUUUCUGAAUGGUUUGAGAGAGAAAGGACUUGUCCUUUGUGCAGGAGCUUGGUAAGACCUGCUGAUCUGCGAUCCUUCGGGGAUGGAUCAACAAGUCUGUUCUUCCAGCUGUUCUAAAUUCAUUUUCUGCUCAAGAAUUUUAUUUCCCAAAAUUCUCAUCUUAUUCGGCAAUAGGCUAGUAAUGACAUUGCCUCGUUCUUGGAGUUUUCUGGGAAAAAAAAAUUUCCUGUAAGGAAGGUAUCAACAGAAUCAUCAAUGGACUAACAAUAUGUUCUUGCGUUGUAUUCAUGAGGUUAAAUGUACCAUUGCCCUAUGAGAUUGAGAAAUCUUCAGGGGUGUCCUCUAACCCCACAUCCGUAUAUAUGGUAAUUCUUUUUGAGGAAUGAAAUAUUAUUCCUUUUAUGUUGUAUUGUUCUUCGCUAAAGGCAUACUGUAACACUUUUUUUAUUUUAUUUUUUCAUUUAUAUAUAUAUAUAUGGAGUUUGUAUGUA